ACAGAUUACUACUAGCACUACUACUUUGGACUAGUUUAUACUUACAUACAUACUGUGACGAUAUAUACACGCAGAGUGACAAAAGUGUGUGUCUGUAUUAUUCAUGUACGAGAGCUUUAUUAUGGUGGUGAUUCUAGUGGACUUUUUUGUAUUGAUCCAAGAGAGUGAGUAAGAGAGAGAUAAGAGAGAGAAAAAGUGCUGAGAGAGAGAGAGAGAGAGAAUAUUGAAUCUUUUGACAAUCUUUGUGUGUCGGUCAUGAACUUUGUUCUUGUUUGAAGACGACAGCACUCGAGUUCUCUACUAGUAGUAGUUGUAUAUGGAUUUUUCAACUUCUUUUUUUCUUGUCGUUUCGAUUCAUCCUAUCUUUUAUUAUACCUGUUGAAUAUUGAGAGAGAGAGAGAGAGGCAGUACUUGUGGAAUCAAUCCAAGAUUCAGUGAUGAUUACUUUUAUGGAUUCUAAUGAAAAUUUGAGGGAGAUUGAGAAAUGCUUAGAUUCUCAGUUCUGGCAUGCUUGUGCCGGCAGUAUGGUGCAAAUGCCGCCGGUGAACUCUAAGGUCUAUUAUUUCCCUCAGGGUCAUUUCGAGCAUUCUUGUCAGAAUGUGGAUUUUGUGAAUAGGGUUCCGCCUUAUGUUGUCUGUAGAGUAUUGAGUAAUAGGUUCAUGGCGGAUCCGGAGACUGAUGAGGUUUAUGCUAACAUGAGGCUGGUUCCCGUAAGUGGAAAUGAGGUUAAUUGUGACGAUGAUGAAAGUUUGUCAGAUGCGCAAGAUAAACCUACUUCGUUUGCCAAGACAUUGACGCAGUCAGAUGCCAAUAAUGGUGGGGGAUUUUCAGUUCCUCGCUAUUGUGCAGAGACAAUUUUCCCACGGCUGGACUACUCUGCAGAUCCUCCAGUCCAAACUAUUCUUGCUAAAGAUGUUCAUGGUGAAACGUGGAAAUUCCGUCAUAUUUACAGGGGAACACCUAGACGUCAUCUUUUAACGACAGGAUGGAGUACUUUCGUAAAUCAGAAAAAGCUUGUUGCGGGAGAUUCAAUUGUGUUCUUGAGAGCUGAAAAUGGGGACCUUUGUGUUGGAAUACGGAGGGCGAAGAGGGGAAUUGGCGGUAACCCUGAAUCAACUUCUGGAUGGAAUCCGGCUGGCGGAAAUUGUGCUGUGCCAUAUGGUGGGUUCUCAGCAUUUCUUAGGGAUGAUGAAAACAAAUUAACAAGAUACGGUGAUGGAGGAAGUCCAUGUGGUAGUGGAAGUGGAAUGAACAAGGGAAAAGUGAGAGCUGAAUCAGUAAUUGAAGCAGCAACCCUUGCAGCUAAUGGGCAUCCCUUUGAAGUUGUUUACUACCCUCGAGCAAGCACACCAGAGUUCUGUGUGAAAGCCUCACAAGUGAAAUCUGCAAUGCAAAUCCGGUGGUGCUCAGGAAUGAGAUUUAAAAUGCCCUUUGAAACCGAAGAUUCGUCACGUAUAAGUUGGUUCAUGGGGACUAUAUCCUCUGUUCAAGUUGCGGAUCCUAUGCGUUGGCCUGAUUCACCUUGGAGGCUUCUGCAGGUCACCUGGGAUGAACCUGAUUUGCUUCACAAUGUGAAAAGUGUCAGCCCAUGGCUUGUGGAAUUGGUGUCAAACAUGCCUAGUAUUCAUAUUUCCCCCUUGUCACCACCACGAAAGAAGCUAAGACUACCCCAACACCCAGAUUUCCCUCUCGACUGGCAACUUCCGGUUCCAACAUUUUCUGGUAAUCUUCUAGGGCACACCAGUCCUUUUGAUCAUUUUUCAGAUAUCACUCCUGCUGGCAUGCAGGGAGCCAGGCACACUCAAUAUGGUUUACCAUUACCAGAAUUCCACUUUAACAAAUUGCAGUCGGGUCUAUUUCCGCCUGGUUUCUCACCUUUUGGUCAUGGUUGUAUACCUACCAGGCCUUCCAUCAAUCCAAGCUUUAAUAAGUCUAGAAGCAGUGAGAAUAUUUCCUGUUUGUUGAGCAUCGGGAAUUCAGCACACGCUGCAAAAAAGGCUGAUGACCAAAAACCACAGCAAUUCUUACUUUUUGGUCAGCCAAUACUUACAAAACAGCAGAUCUCAGUAAGCAGCUCUGGUGUCACAGUCUCGCCAGUUUGUGCCGGCAACAGUUCUUCUGAAGGGGAUGUAGAUAAGGUAUCAAAUUUAUCUGACGGUGAUGGUUCCGCCUCUGGUUCAGGUUUUGCACUUCGUCAACAUGCGAUACGAGAGCGCCCAUCCUGCGAAGGACACCUUCAAUACAAAGGUAAUCCACAGGAAGCUGACGCUAACUUGGAAAUCGGACACUGUAAGGUUUUCAUGGAAUCUGAGGAUGUAGGUCGCACUCUUGAUCUCUCUUUGCUUUCAUCUUAUGAAGAACUGUGCAGAAAAUUGGCAACCAUGUUUGGCAUAGAAAGCUCUGAUAUGUUGAAUCAUGUGCUAUACCGUGACAUCAGAGGUGCUGUAAAGCACAUCGGAGAUGAAUCAUUCAGUGAAUUCACAAAAACAGCAAGAAGAUUGACAAUUCUAACAGAUGCCAGCAGCAAUAGCAUAGGAAUCUAGAAAUUAACAGGAAAUAGUUGAUCCAGCAUUUGAAUGUUACUCUAGUUACGGCUGUCAGUUUUCAGUUUUCACUUUUCACCUGCGAGAUGUGAUACUGCAACAUUGGAGACAUCUUGCUUGUAUUUUGAGAUAUCAACUUUGGACUUCGGAGUUCAGACAUUUCGAUCAGAUCUAGUCAUACGUAGGAUUGGCGCUAACUUCAAGAGUUCGUUGAAGCUUACAAAGACAGAAGUUUAACGACAUUUCACUUUUUAAUCCUUGAUAUGAUCCGGCCAUUGCCUGCUUGGAAGGGCAGAAUCCUUAGUUGUUUGAAAUUGUAGUAUUUGAUGAUUUGUAUAGCAGUGACACUGAUCAAAUAACUUGACACACGUCAAGUUGUACAAGAAGCCUUGAGAUAUUAAAAAAAAGGUUGUGUAGUCUUGAA